AACCCGGCCAGUAUAUUUUGCCUCUCCUUCAGCUUCUCCUCUUUCAGUCUUCCGUCAUCUGUUCAUAUCGCAACCGGCAAUUGUACAUACCAAUGCCCCUGUCUUCGUUCUUUCAAUCAUGUUUUCCGGAUUUCUUCGCCUUCCAAAGUCGCUCCUUGUCUGCCUCGUUCUCCAGGACUUCGGGCGCGUCCUGGGUGAUACUCCUCCGUUUCUCAACGAUCAAAAGUUCGAAAAUGGCGAAUAUGGCGCGUAUCCUAUGCAAAGAUUCUACUCCUCCAACGCCGUAGCUCCGCGUCUAAAUAUCCUGAGCACACAUUCUAGCUGCGACGACGGCUCAUACACUAUGUUCAAUCCGCGGGGUAACGCUGUCCCGGAUGAAGCACGAGGGCCGAUGAUAUUGGAUUCUCGGGGAAAUAUGGUCUGGACGGUGACCGGCUACGAGCAGACGUAUGACUUGAUGGUUCAGGAGCAUAAGGGGAAACGAUAUCUCACCUUCUGGAGUGGGAACGAUGCCAUCGGAGGGCAUGGAAACGGACAAUACAUCAUGAUGGAUACCUCUUACAAAGAAGUCGCUCGACUUAAGGCGGCAAACGGGCUAGAGGCAGACCUGCACGAAUUUCGGUUCACCGGAACGGGUACUGCUCUGAUCACCAUCUACGACGUACAACAGGCGGACCUCACACAGCUUGGAGGCUCAUCCCAUGGAUACAUCUGGGACAGCGUCUUCCAGGAGAUCGACAUCGAGACCGGCGAGCUCGUCUUCCAAUGGCGCGCAUCGGAACACUUUGCCGUCACCGAUUCCUUCCACCCGCGGGGAAACGGUGGAAGCAAAGGCAACCCUUGGGACUGGUUUCAUAUCAACAGCAUCGAGAAGGACCCAUGGGGUAACUAUCUCGUCUCGGCGCGGUACACGAGCACCGUGAGCUACAUCAAUGGAAGCACUGGCGAGCUGAUCUGGGUGCUUGGUGGCCGACCCAAUCAGUUCUUCGACCUCUCCGAAGGAAGGGCAACCGACUUCAAGUACCAGCACGAUGCCCGAUGGCAUGAAAACUACACGGUGAUCAGCAUCUUCGCCAAUGGCGCCCGGGCGCCCGGGCAACAAGAGAAUACACCCUAUAGCAGCGCUCUCAAAAUCCGCAUUGACACUAGCAACACCACUCGCAUGACAGCACAGCUAGACACCCAAUUCAUCAACACCCUGCAAAUAUCGAGCUCAUCCCAGGGCAGCACGCAGGUCCUGCCCAACGGUAACGCGCUAGUUGGCUAUGGAUAUAACGCAGCAUUUACCGAAUUCGCCUCGAACGGCGUCGCAUUGUGCGAAACACAUUUCGGAGCGACCAGCCGCUUCCACACCGGCGAUGUCCAGAGCUACAGGGUGUUGAAGUUCAACUGGACCGGCACGCCCGACACCGAUCCUUCCCUCGCAGUCGUCUCCGACUCAGUAUUUGUGAGCUGGAACGGUGCAACCGAGGUGGUCGGAUGGGUGCUAGAAACAGGCGAGAAGCGCAGCGGUUCCGAAGACAUUGAGUGGCAGGUCGCCGCGCAAAACCCAAAGACAAGCUUCGAGACGGAAAUCCAGCUCCCAGAGGACCGCGGAUCGUACAUCCGCGUCGUUGCGGUUGAUGCCGAGGGCAGGUCGCUUGGUAUUACUAAAGUGAUUCAGAUUGCUCAGACUUCGGUCACCAUCAGCGUCGAGCACGGCGGAUACAACAGCUGGAAGGAAGUCAAGAACUCUCGAGCGCUUCGCUUCACGGUGUUCUGCAUCACCCUGAUAUGCUUCGGCGUCACGUUCUCGUGGCUGAUGAACGCCAUACGGCGAUGGUGGAAGGAUCGGAAGUACAACGGCUACGUCGAGGUCCCGAUGCAGGAAGUGUGAACCCCCUGGUUUCUUACCAUCAUGCCGCCUACAUUUUGACUAUUAUUUCGGUUUCCUUUGUCUCAGUCUCGAUUGCAGCAUCUUUUUCCCACUCAACCUCCUCGAGCAUCGCGAUGAUAUCCUCGGCGUUCGGGCGCUAAUUCUAAUUCAACAACGUACCUUGAUCCCACGCCCAUCCAUAAAAUUAUUUUUUUCGCAAGUACGCCAGCGCGAGCGCUAUCCACCCAACAGUCACAAUCUA